CACCAGUCGCACAACACUGCAACAGCCUUCGAACUUUGAGCCCGUCGAGGUCUUUGCCGUGAAAUGAAUACGCAGGUGGUUGUUCUCCUGGCCCUGGGCGUGGCUGCCGCCAGCGCUCUCCCUGGAUACAGCGGCAGUCACCACAACCUGCCGGUGGCUGCGGGACACGGCGACUACUACGCUCACCCGCAGUACGAGUUCAAGUACGGGGUGCACGACCCGCACACGGGCGACGUGAAGAACCAGUGGGAGAGCAGGGACGGCGACGUGGUGAAGGGCUCCUACAGCCUGGUCGAGCCCGACGGCUCCACGAGGACCGUGCACUACACGGCCGACAAGCACAGCGGCUUCAACGCCGUGGUCAAGAAGUCCGGCCACUCCUCCCACCCUCAGCACUACGGCCAUCACGGCUACUGACACUACCUGUGUAACAGAAUUUAAAUUCUAUUAGAUUGGCACCUCCAAAUAUCUCUGUUUUAAAACUAAAAAAAUUAUCCUUCAGUCAAUCACAGUAAAUAUUCAACAUCAUAAUAGUGUCUCAAUAAAUAUUUCAUACGAUGUAAUAGGUAUUCAAAAAUAUUUUUUUUUAUUCUUCGAAGUGGCAAAACAUAGCAAGAAAAAUGCUUAAAUAUUACCUUGAAAUUAGAAUCUAAAGUGCAUCUGGCCAAUUACACGUAAGUAGUCAAAAAAAUCUAGAUUCUACAUCUUUGCGAUGUUAACAUACUACCUUUACGUCCAUUCUCUCCUUCCGCUUGCAAUCAUCUACGCUACAAUGAGUAACUCUCGUUCAGUCUAUUGUAUUGGUGAGAAAUUAUGUGUCCUGAGUCAUUCAGCUUAAUGAAAAUAGUCAAGAAACUAAUGGAAGAGAAAGAAGAGAUGCACACCUCGACAACGGAACACUGCAUGGCAUGUGGUACUGCAUAUCUUGCGUUAAUGCCUGUGACUGAUAAAAUAAACUUGUCUAUCGUUAAAAAUCAAUGCAAUUUUCCCCCUUGACCCUCUGGAAUUUUUCAAAUGGUAAAAGGAUGGAAAGGAAUUUCCAAACACUUCUGAUAAUCAAUUUGAGGCUACAUGCAAUUGUACUUUUCCGAAUAUAUUUUUGAUGACGUAAAAAACUAAAACAAAAACUGUAAUUGUUGAAAAGAGACAAAUUAUCGGGUUUAGAGUAGAAUCUGAAGCUUAUCCGGACUACCAUAAAGAGCUUCCUUUUUGGCCAGUUUUCCUGAGUCGUCGUUUGUCUUUUCACCAUAACAGAUUUCACACUCUCUCGUUGUCCGAAGAAAUGGCUGUAAAUUUUCUGUCUUUAUCAAUCUGUGGUUUUUUUUCUUCAGCUUUUAUAACCAUGUGCUACUUUAUUGUCCGUAACUGUUAUAAAUAAUGCGUAUUUAAACCAUCACAGGAAUACGUUACUAGUGUAAAGGAAGUCAUAGCUGAUUAUCCCUUUACCCUUGACCUGAUAAGAGCAAAAACAUGAUACUGGAGAUGCAAUGGAACGCACUUCGUGUGAGAACUGUAUUACCACGGCGAAAUGCGCCUAGCUCGAGGCAAUAUCUGCCAUUGCGAAAAAAAAAAAUUAGAAUUUUUUACCCAAUGAGAUUCUUACCUAGAUCAUAUUUGUGUUAUAUGACCACUCUGUCCACUACGCCGAUGUUCUUACUCCCCAACUGCUUGUGGCAGCUUCGCUGUCAGUUUUUUAACAUGCUAUUUAUAAAACACGCCCUGCAGUUUUGCACGCAUAAAAACCAUUGCAACCACACACCUUAAAAAUGUUUUGGUAGAACACAAGUUGUUAUAGGUACUUGGCUUCACAUUUUUUUAUAUAUAUCAGACUAUAACUUAGAGUACAUCUUAGGCUCGGACACUUUUUUAAAAGUCAUAAUUAGUAAAUAGCUUAAUAUUUGUAUAUUUGUAAUCACAGUCAUUAAAUGAUUUUAUUUUUCCUCUCCCAGUGAUUUCAAGCUAAAGUAAUUUAUUUAAUAUCAAUACGCAAUAACAUUUUCAAAAUUAUGUAAAAAUAUUAUUUACUUUCUGUCAAAGACAAAAUCUUAACCAAAUAAUUCACUAUAUAAAUGAUAUCAAAAUAUUUAAAAAAAACCAAAUUUUCGUGAUCACUCUCCCAUAAGAAACCCCAAAAUUUGUUUGCGCAUGAUCACUCACUAUUCUGUUGAACAGUUGUCAAAGGCAGUUUUGCCAUCAGAGCAUUGAAUGCAAAAGUACAAGUGCUUUAAUUCUAAACCCUAGAACCCAAUUGACUAGAGAAAUUUUCGGGACUCUUCUAAUUGCUUACAGAUGAGACCAGUUAUGAGCAUGAAUAAAUUAAACAUAAGUACUGAUGUACACCAUAUUGUACCAGAACAAGCUGUGAGUUAAAUCAAACUGAUUUAUUAAAUCAUUUUUCAAUUUG